AUGAAGCGAAAAUCGACAAGUUGGCCAUCCGGGGGAGUCUAUGCAAUUCAACACCCCGUUGACCUUGAUCGUUGGAUACAAUGGCUCCGGAAAGACGGCAAGGCCCUCAACACACGACUGACCAUCAUCGAGUGUCUCAAGUAUGCGACCACCGGCGAGCAACCGCCCAACAGCAAGGGCGGUGCCUUUAUCCACGACCCCAAGCUUUGUGGAGAGAGGGAAGUCAUGGCCCAGGUCAAGCUGUCCUUCCGACCUACUUCCGGUGGCAAGAUGGUUGUCACCCGGAGUAUACAGGUGACCAUGAAGAAGAAUACGAGGUCAAUGAAGACUCUGGACGGAUCGCUUGUCAUACAAACCAACGGAGAACGCAGUGUCGUCUCUCAGAGGGCCGCAGAGCUCGACAAGCUGGUUCCGGAUAACCUCGGUGUCCCUCCGGCCAUUCUCGACGCCGUCAUCUUCUGUCACCAAGACGAAUCGCUCUGGCCCCUCAGCGAGCCUUCAACCCUGAAGAAGAAGUUCGAUGAGAUCUUCGACGCUCAGAAAUACACCAAGGCGAUCGACAACCUCAAAGUUCUACGGAAGAAGCAAGGAGAGGAUCUGUCCAAAGCGAAGAUCUUUGAAGCCUCCGAGAAGGUCAACAAGGAGAAAGCUGAGAAGGCUGAGAAACGGGCUAGGGAUCUCGAGGCCGAGCUGGAACAACUCCGCGCCGAUUGCGAGGAGGUUGACAUCGCCAAGAACGAGGUUGAGACACAGAUGUACCAGAAGCGAGAGCAGGCCAGGAGCUUUCAGACCAUCGUCAAUGACCUCGAGAACAAGAAGGACAAGUACGACGAUCGCAAGGAGGCUGCCGAGGAGUUGCGUGUCGGCCUUGAAGAGCUCACAGAGCCUGACGAUUACCUCGCGGAGCAACUGGCACAGUAUGAAGACCGUAUGCAGCGCAUGGACGAUGAGAGGAAGGAAAAGACCAACCAGUACAACCAGCUGCAAAAAGAGGUUAGCGAAUCUCGGGCACUCCUGGGAACGAAACACGCAGAGCAGGGUCGGCAUCAGUCCGACAAGGAAAAGUACGAACGGCAGCUCCAAACCCGCGUCACAAAGGUGCGCGAGGCGGCCCAGAAGCACGAGAUUCGUGGUUACGAUGGUGACCUUACGGACAACAUGGUCCAUGCUUUCAACGAUCGCAUCCAGAAGGUCCUGGCAGACAAGAAACGGGAACUCGAACGCCUGCAGCGCGAAAACGAGAAGGAGCUCGACAAGGAGACGGCUGCCAUCAAUAACCUCGAAGGUCGCAAGGCUGCUCGCACCCAAGAUCGGGUGACGGCCAAACAGAGGAUGGCUGCGAUCGAGAAGAAGCUGGCUAGCUUGCAGACCACGGUCCAAAACCUGAACUUUGACGAAGGCGCUCAAGCCAUCUUGGAGGCCAACUUCAAGGAUCUCGAAUCGCGGCUCAAGAAAGCCCUUGACGAGCUGAAUGGAUCAGACAUAGAUAGUCAGAUCCAACAGGAGAACGACCGCCUGUGGCAGCUUGAGAGCGAGAGCGACCGUUUGAGCCGCGAGCUGGUUGAGUGCACAAGACUCGCCUCUGAACGGGCCCAGCUAGACCUCAGGAAGAAGGAGCUUACAGAGCGUAGGCGGAACUUUGACACUCUGAAGAAUACCUGGGACAGCAAACUCACUUCACUGAUCGGUGGCUCCUGGAAGCCCGAGCUGCUGGAAGACGAGUUCAACAAUGUUGUGAAACAACGGAACACUACCGUUUCGGCCGCAAGAAAGCAGGUCGAAGCGACGCAACAGGAGUUGAGACAGGUCGAGUACAAGUUGUCGAGCAUUCGGGACAAGCAACAGAAGUCGUUGGCAGAGUCGACAAAGUGCCAGGCGACUGUGCUCAACGUUCUCAAGACCGCCAAGGACUCGGAUGAUGCGGUUAUUGAGGACUACCAAGAGGAAAUCGAGAAUUUCGAGGGCGACAUUCUCAGCCUCGAGAAGGAUAUCACUCUUUUCGACCACCUCAAGGAGUUCUACUCCAAGUCUCAGACAACGCUCAAUAAGUACAACAAGUGCAGCCUCUGCGAGCGUCAAUUCGUUGACCAGCCUCGAGAGCGAUCCCGCCUACUGGAGAAGAUUGCCAAGAGCCUCAACGCUGAGCACAAAAAGGAGAUUGAGAAGGACAAGGACGAGCGUGAGGCGACACUAGGACAACUACGAGCCGUACGCUCUCAGUACGAUACGUACAAACGGCUCGAGUCGGAGCUGCCUGCCCUCCGCAACGAGCUGAAAGCAGCCGAAGCUCAGAGAGAAGGACUGGUGCGAGUUCUCGAGGACAACGAUGCUGCAUACAAGGAGGCAGAUGAACAACGGCAGGAUGUCGAAUCGCUGAGCAAGACUGUCAUGAACAUUGCUCAGACAUUCCGCGAGAUCCAGGAAGCCGAGAAACAGAUCGAUCGACUUGCCUCGCAGCAGCAGUCUGGUGCCCCCUCACGAAGUGCAGAAGAGAUCAACGAGUUGCAAGCAACAUGUGCAGAGCAGAUCAGGGCGGCAAAGGGCAAAGUGGCAAAGCUGACGUCGGACAAGCAGCGCAUGAGAGACUCAGUAAACUCUCUUGAGCUCGAAAAGAGUGAGUUGACGAACAAGAUUGGCCACAUCAUCCGUCAGAGCGAGCGGCGGAAUGAUCUACUGGGCCAGAUCCAGUCGCUGAAGGACGAAAACACAAACCAACGAGAACUCAUCCAGCAAGCCGAUCGAGACAUGGAGGCUCUCGAGCCCGAGAUUGCGAAAGCGAGGUCGAUCCGCGAGGACACCCUGCAACGAGGUCGUGGCAAGGAGCAGAAGCUCGUCACAGAGAGGGACAGCAUCGCACACACGGUGAGCGAGCUGAACAUGAUCGAGGCCGAGAUCCAGGACUACAUUGACCGAGGUGGUCCGGCCGCAUUGGCAGCGAAUGCCCGCGCCAUUCAAGCUCUCGAACAGACCAUUGCGAACCUGGAGAAGGAGAUCAGCGAACUGGCGACGCUUGUCAACAAGCUGAAGAGCGACCUGGACAACAGCGACCGCAAAAAGAAGACUAUCAGCGACAAUCUGACCUACCGGAAGAACAUGCGGAUCCUGGAGACGCUCAAGCGAGAGAUUGAAGAGCUGGAGUCUCGGCAUGCGGUGGAGGACUACGAGCACCUCAAGGCCGAGGUGGACGCCCUCGAGAAGCAGCACAACGUGAUGCACGCCAACCGCGGCGCCGUCAUGGCCAAGAUGAGGUCCAAGGACGAGGAGCUCGGGCGCGUGCUGGAGGAGUGGGAGCAGGAGUACAAGGACGCCAGCGCAAAGUACCGCGAGGCGCACAUCCGGGUCGAGACGACCAAGGCGGCCAUCGAGGACCUGGGCCGGUACUCGUCGGCGCUGGACAAGGCCAUCAUGCAGUACCACUCGCUCAAGAUGGAGGAGGUCAACCGCAUCGCGGGCGAGCUGUGGCAGGCGACGUACCAGGGCACCGACAUCGACACGAUCCUGAUCCGGUCCGAGUCGGAGACGGCGACGGGCAAGCGCAACUACAAUUACCGGCUGUGCAUGGUCAAGCAGGACACCGAGAUGGACAUGCGCGGGCGCUGCUCGGCGGGGCAGAAGGUGCUGGCGUCCAUCAUCAUCCGGCUCGCGCUGGCCGAGUCGUUCGGCGUCAACUGCGGGCUCAUCGCGCUCGACGAGCCGACGACCAACCUCGAUAGCGACAACAUCCGCUCGCUGGCCGUCUCGCUGCACGCCAUCAUCAAGGCGCGCCAGGCGCAGGCCAACUUCCAGCUCAUCGUCAUCACGCACGACGAGGAGUUCCUGCGCCACAUGCAGGUCUCGGACUUUUGCGACACGUUCUACCGCGUCCGGCGCGACGAGAAGCAGAACAGCGUGAUCCUGAGGGAGAGCAUCAGCAAGUUGAUUGAGGGGUGA